UGAGUUCUGAAGUGUUGACGAUGGAAGGCCGUCUGCCUCGUUUGCUUCGCACCCUUAUACAGUGGCACUCUCUUAUUCAACGUGUUGAAUAGCAAAGCCUAAUCACAAACACGUUAUGGAUUUAUUCAAAGAAUUUGUCUCUUCGUUUCCCCCGGGACGCUUCCGAUUUGGAGUUGAGUAUACAUCGAGUUAUUCUUUUUAAAUUUUUGAAUGACGGAUACAAUUUCAAAUUAUAUUUGCUUCUCGACGUUUCAAAUUUUACAUCUAAGUGAGGAAUAUUUUGUGAAAUUUGACUUGAAAAGCGAAAAAGCAUGAAAUGAAAGAAAUGACAAUCAGAAUUCAGCUCGCAUAUUGUUUUGUGAAUUAUAACAAGAUUUGCAAAGUCUUUCGUUCGUUUCCAUGGUGACGGCGAUUCCUCUUGACAAGACCAUAUCGUUAAUUUACGAUGAACCAUACCCGCAUGCUUUAAGCUUAUAUUUAUUCUAAAUGAACUAUUCUCUGUUAGGCGUUAUGAGAAUAUAAAAGGAGUCUAUUGCUUGUUGAAGUACUAUGCUUUCCUGGCCGUGUGAUUAACGUAAGCACAAGUAGAUGCAUCUAUGAAAAGAACGUUAAAUAAAAAAAAAAUUACUGCCGCUUUCGGAAUAACAGAAAAGAUUGUAAUCUAAUGCUUAGAUAAUUUUACUUUCGGAACUCUCCAUUUGGUGGCGCGGGAAUUUAUUUGGUAUGUUCGACAGAGAGCGACCUCGUUUGCCCAGAGAUUACAAGCGUCUGUGACAAUAAUGAUUGAGAUCUGGGUCUCUUGGGCGUUUUGUUACUGCGCUUAUUGACAACGAGACGAAACUAUGUACGGACUUUAAGCAUCGUAGCCUGUGUCUCCAGGGAGCUUUAACCAAAUGCUUUUGACAAGCUUUCGCUAGCCCUCGAUGUUAAGAGAGUACGCACAACCACGUAGUAAUUUGUGCUAUUUGAAUGCUGUUUUUUUCGUCUUGGAUUUAGGAAAAUCAAAAGGUUGGAUAUUAAUGUUUUGGAAUUUUGUUAUUUCAAUCAGCGACACAGGAUGAUAAUGGAAAGUAGAUCGAAGUAAGGGAUUUUCGUGUGACAAGCAUGUUGGUUCGAAUAUGGAGUUUGAUGGUUUUGACCGCGGGGAUUGCUUGGUAUCUUCUCCAGCUCGUAGAAGCAGACUGUCCAAUUCUGACGAAGACGGUGAACGUUUCGUCCGAGCAGCGUCUGAUGUUGUACCUGAUGGCUGGUUACGAGAAGUCCAUUCGUCCGGUUUAUAACUCAUCCUCGCCAGUAGAGGUAAAGCUCGGACUGACCUUGACCCAGAUACUUGACCUAGAUGAGAAAAAUCAGAUUCUGACAACGAAUGUUUGGAUGGAAGUGGAAUGGUAUGACGAAAAGCUCAGCUGGGACUAUGCAGAUUAUGGAGGUUUGACCAGCAUACGGAUACCAUGUAACCGGAUAUGGCUACCGGAUGUCGUCCUCUACAACAGCGUUGACGAUUAUACAUCCGGGUACAUGCCGAGCCUCGCUAUGGUCCACAACGACAGCCGGGUAUUUUGGGGUCCCGUCGUCCGUUUCAGGAGUUCAUGUAAAAUCGACAUAACGUUUUUCCCUUUUGAUGACCAGAUGUGUAAACUAAAGUUAGGAUCCUGGGCAUACCACGGAUUUCAGGUAAACGUGUUCAAUCGCUCCACGACGAUCGACCUGUCCAACUUUGUCGACAACGGAGAAUGGGAGCUAGUAGAAAACAAAGUGGAACGAAACCAGGUCUACUAUAACUGCUGUUCCGAGCCUUUUCCGGAUGUGACGUUUUACAUUUAUCUGCGCAGACGUAUUAAAUACUACUUCAUGAACAUCAUCAUACCUUGUAUAAUAUUAUCGUUUUUGUGCCUGGCCGGAUUUCUACUUCCGCCGGAAAGUGGAGAGAAGAUAACUCUGGGUCUAUCAGUCCUGCUUACGAUCACCGUAUUUAUGUUGAUGGUGGCGGACAAGAUGCCACAGACCUCCGAGUCAAUUUCCGUCAUCAGUAUAUAUCUGAUGGUCGUUCUGUCAAUGAGUUGUAUGUCUGUCCUGACGUCCGUCUGGAUCUUAAGUAUACAUCACCAGCGCGGGAAACCAAAACGAGUCCCAACUUGGUUACGGGUAGUUGUGCUGACGUUCGUAGCUAAAUGUUUGUGUGUGAAUAUACGACUUUUUGGUACAAAAGAUAGAAUUUUAGACUACCGGAACCGGAAGAAAAAUAAAAAUAAGAAAAUCAGAGUCGCAAUGGAGGAUCCGGAAAUCAUACGCAUGGACGCUAACGUAAGAGAUCACUUUGACAUUGAAAAUAGUAUGUCAACAAUCGAAAACAAUAUUUAUAGAGAAAGUUACCUCGAGCGCGAGGACGCUAUCAAGGAGUUAAUUGAUCUGCUACAAACGCGCCACCUGGAGGAACUUUACGAAGAGGAAGUCUACAAGGAAUGGAGGGACGUUGCCUUCGUUCUUGACCGGAUGUUCUUCGUUUUGUUUUUAUUGAUAACAACCAUAGCAACCGUUUGUAUCUUAGAGAUGCGCCCGUCUCCUGGAAAACACUAACUGAUGACGUCAUUCCACGUAUUGACAAUUUAUCCGAAAAUAUACAUAAAUGACGUCAUCAUGCAAUUCACAGGGUUAAUUGUAUAUAUUAUGAUUAUUUACUCUUGUACAAGUAAUUCGUCUUCCAUAAUUUUCGAAUCAGAUGUUUUACGAACUGAUUUCCGUAAGGUGACGAUUUCAUUGUAAUGAUGACGCUGUGACGUCAUUGUGUAAAGAGAGUGAAUUUAUGCAAAACUGAACCUGACAGGAGCUUUUGAAAAUACAUGUAAUGACGUGUAUGUACCGGGUUGUUAUUGGCUUAAAUGGAAAUAUGUAAGAUGAUCAACGCUGUCGGUUUCCCUUAAUAUGAUUUAGUUAAAUUGUUCUGUUAUUUUCAAAAUCGUAUCGACAUUUGCAAUUUUUUUGGUAAAAAAUUGGAGUUUUAUAUUUAAGUUCAAAUUCAUGUAAUAUAGGCCGUUUGAUAUUCAUUUGAAGUAGAUUUUUCACAAUUAUUGAUUUUUAAUGUGGUAGAUAUGAAUAUUUAUUAACCCCAAGCUUAUGACAUUGACCGACGAGAAGCGGGGUUGGAUAUCAUAUUAUAAGGGUAAAUAAAUAUACUCAUACACGACAAAAGCUAAGGUUGAUAACUAUUUUGUUUUGCAUACAUGAUACGUGUUAUUAAAAAGUAAAUAUAUGACGUCACGAAAUUGAAAUUAAUCGCGUAUUAUUUCAAUAUAUUUCCUGUUGCUCAGAUCUCGCUCAGUGAGAAGUGGGACUUCAAAGCCAACACAUAACCAGUGUUUAUCCUCCUUAUGGUAAUAAUGUUUCUGGAUAUUAUCCAUAUGUGUCUUUCUAGAUUCAUAACACUUGAUACUGUACAUGUAGAUGAAUUUGAUGGUCGGAUGGCAAACUUGCCUUUCACCCAUGCGGCCACGGUUCGAUUCCCCGAUCGGACGUGAAAAAGUAUGGGGGUCACCUGCCUGACCACGUGGGUUUUCCCCAGGUUCUAUAGUUUCCUCCCACAGUAAGACCCCUCGCGUGCUUCGAUCCGGUUGAUGUAGCUUGUUUCGAAGUUGUAAAAUGAAUAAAGUUUACAUUUUUCUAUCUACAAUUGAUGGUAAAAAAUAAACUACAUUUAUUCUCAACUUAUAUUUACUAUGGUACACAGUAAAGUAAAGCGAGUUCUACUUAAUGUUUAUAGACAGAUAAACUUAUGAAUAAGCCAAUAAUUGUUCCGCUCAGUGAUAGGUGGCGUGGAAUACCUAAGGUUUGGAGAUUACAUGAAAGACACUGUCUCACGCGUUUUGUAUACGUAGUACCCAAUAUCUGAUGACGUAUCAUAUUUAUAGUCGCCAUGUUAUUGUGAUCACAUAUAUGUUAAUAACUAUGAAAGGUUAAAUAGUAUGUCCAGUUUAAACAUAACAAUUUCGUCCAAGUCGUGUCAAAAGGUUCUGAUGACAAGAAAACCUCUGGUGUGGUUAAUGAAUGCUUUGAUUUUUAUUUUAGCGUUCGAUAUACAUGUAAUAUACUGAUGUUGUCGUGUUUCACAAAGUUACGUAGCGGGGUAUUAUAAAAAAAAUGUUUUAUUUUACCGCAUUGUUCAUGAUGAUCAGCAAGAUAUGAUGAAGCCAGGUUUGUUUUGAAAGUAUGAAUGUCAGUUACUUAAGCAUUGAUGUCAUUUUUUUUAGUUUCAUCGGGGUAUGAAACAAAUUUUGUUUGCAGACUGUAUGA